UAGUGGAUUGAGAUUAUUUACGGUAUAAAAGAGUUGACAAUUAUGAGAAUCAUUCACAAAUGCUCGGAAUUUCGAGUGGAAAGCUUUAAAAAUAGAAAAUUAAAAGAAAAAAAGGAGACUACAAUGUUCAACAGAAUCCUCCUUUUUAAGGCACUAUGUAUAUCGUUAUGUUUAGCAUCGUCCUUGAGCUCCAGCGAGGAGGCUAGAGAAUUUAUAGAACAUGUGCUUAGGGUACCUAAUCCAGAAAAAGUACUAAACUCAGUGCACAGUAGACUGCAACGGAACCGUCCACAAAAUUUCGAGACCGAAAAGCUCAUCACGGACCCUGAGGACUGUGAUGAACCGACAGAGGUUCUACCAGAAUACACGGAAUCACUUGAAGAGUCGAGGGAACGGGAAUCGAGACAACUAUCUGUUCAGAAGCACUAUCCCAUCUGCCAUUUACAAAGAACGAUUCGUAAGCUGAACACAAUUGACUAUGAGUACAGACCUGCCUAUUACGAAGAGAUCAGAUGCAGUUCCAUGAUUGCUGAUGAUUUAGGUACUUACAGUGAGAUAUGCACAAGUCUUGGAUUUUCAUGCAUUCAAUGGAAUAAAACUAUACAUUUGACUAGAAGACGUUAUAACAGUGACUGCUGGGAAACUAAGACUAUGGUGAUACCGGCUGGCUGUGAAUGCAUGUGGCCUCAUCACAAACUCGGAGACAUGACGUUACAUCUAUAGAAGCUCAAAGUCAGUUCACCCGCACCCGCCUACCUUAAUGAUAUGCCGUGCUUGUAAAUAAUGAAUAUUGUUAAUAAAUUUAAUGUCCUUGACCAUUAUGGAUUUU